AUGAAUGCAGCUACAAAAUGUGGGGGAAACAGACCUGAUCAGUUCCCAGCAGGAAACCUAUUUGUAUCAGUGAGUGAAGGGCUGUGGGAUAAUGGAGCUGCGUGUGGCAGGCGAUACAGGUUAAGAUGCCUGAGUGGGAAUAACAAACCUUGCAAAGACAUUGACACCACCAUUGAUGUUAGGGUGGUGGAUUUCUGCUCCCAACGCCCAUGUCCUUCAACAAUCGUCAUGUCCAUGGAUGCUUUUGCUGCCAUUUCACGCCGACCUGAUGCCAAAAUCAACAUUGAAUACGCUCAGAUAUGA